UAUAGGUCCUUCCAGGAUGCAUAUCCCGAUGAUUGGCAAGAGAUCCUUGACACAUUCGACGAGACACGGAUAGCUUCAGGCCCACCUCUGACCGUCGCACAGCGGUCACAAGAAUUCACGAGGUUGACAAAGAAAGUGACAUCCUUGGUAAAUAUGGCCACCGCAAAGCAUGGCUUUGAAGCAGCGCUGCUUAUGUGCGGGAAGGUCGUGAAUCAAGAUGCAUCAAUCGGGUACAUACACACAACCUCUGGUGCAGAAGAGUUUUGGGCUUCCCGUUGUCGUGCCGAUGAGGACACGAUGGUGGGGCAUUUUAAGGCCCAUGUGUACCACCAGGCUUCUCUUGCUGUUGUCGCCGAGGACGUUUACGGUGAGGCUCAGCUCAAACCUUCAGAAAAGAAAAUAGCAUUGCCUGGGCGGCACGCGCGCGCGCCAGCGCUCGGCGGGAAAUUAAUGGCACAGUCAGGAACUUUCCCAUGGAAACUAUUACCCACCGAGCUGGCGCAUCACCGUUUUGUGAUGAGAGGGUAUCCUGAAGACAUGUUAAUGCCGGGAGAGCCACAUGUAAUGGUUGCACGACCCAAAGGCAUCAGCGACCUCGAUAAACGUGAACGUGUCGUACUUGCAGAUGCCUUGCGAUCAGGCAGAUUGACCAUCGAACAACAAAAGAUGGGAGACUUGAACAAAACAUCUCCUAUUAUAUUCGGCGAGGCUCCUCCUGAAGAGUCCAUGCAUGCACGCGGUCGUCGCAUGCUUGUAGAUGGCACCAUCGAUCGUGAGGGAUUGGCCUGU